GUUUAUACUCUUCUGAAAAUGCCAAAAGCCAGUUAAAUAAACGUGAGUCAGUCCAAGAAAAAAGCAAAUGUAGCAAAAGGCAAAGAACAUUCUUAGAAAUGUCUAGAAGAAAAACCUGCUUUA